CCAAAAUACCGCCAUAUUAAAAAACAACACAUUAAAAAUGCAGCAUGUUUUCAUUGGUACUGUGUCCUGAUGCUCUGUUGUUUACUGUAUAUGUGCUGCUGUCCUUUCAGUUAAAAGAAAGGACCGACAGGUCACUGAUAAACAAAAAGUCUUAUAGUCAUAUUUUUAAUAUUGCACACAACCACAAGAUGUUGCAAACAUUAGGCCAUAUAAAUGUGUCCACAGAGAUAAGACAACACAUCCUCCCUUAUUUUUUUAUUUUUUCACAUUAAACUGGUAGCUUUCCAAAUAGGCAAGGUAAGGUCAAAAAGAAACGUUUGAUAGAAAAACCUAAUAUUACACCAAACUAAAAACAAACUGAUAACUGCUAAGCAUAAAAUAAGCAUUUUAUUAGCAGCGAUCUAAAAUGCCCAUUUAGGGUGAAAUGUGACUGUUAAUAGGAAAUUAGGAAUUUUAUUGUAUUUUGUACGGUCUGUAUAACAGUGUUAAACUUAAAAUAGCUUAAAUAACUUAAAGACACUGUCAGUUCAGUUCAACAUCAUUCAGGCAAAACAUGAUAUUUAAAAGCAAACUCUGUUGCAAGAGAUGACCUGCUCCACCCAAAGAAAAGAAAUCUACUCUCUUAAUCUCAUCAGAUAUUUCACCAUAAUGAUAUAGCUUUAAAAGUCUGCUCCUACCGCACAAGUUUCUCUAAAGUUAUAAGGUCCCUUAUUGUAGAAAUGAGUCAGUCUUAUAUAUUAAUUUUGAUUGUCAUCCCGUUCAGUUUCUUUCAGUUAACAACAGGGAAAGAAUGUGUGUGCGAUCUGAAAAAUGUAGAUCCUCUAUUUCCUAAAGAUGAACUAAGAAAUGUGGAGACCACCGCCUUGAAAUGCAUCAGGAGCAUCACUUUAGAAAAGAUGACAGACUUAGACAGACUUGUGUUGGGUCUACAACAACGUAUCAAGCAACUUGAGGACAAUGUGGUCAAGUUAGAAAAAGAAAACGGCAAUCUGUAUGCAGCCGUGUCUCUGAGGAUCAUUGAGUUGGAAUUUGCAGAAAUUCAAAACCUUCUCAACAAACUCAACAGGACCACCAACGAUUACCAUCAUCUCAAUGCACAGGCUGCGACUCAGCUUGAAGAUAUGAAGUACACAAUGGUGGAUUUGGAGAAGUUUGACAAAAUGCAAGUGAUUAAAAAGAAUCGAGAGAAAGAAAGCAAGAAAUUGGAACAGUGCAAAGAUGAGCUCAAGGCUUCAUCACCUCCUCCUACAGUUUCCCCAGGGCGCUGUGGUCUGGGUCAGAUGGUCAGCGUGGCCGGACCUAGAACAUCUUCCCUCACUGCAUACAGCACCUCCUACUCUUACGGUGCUUGGGGUCGAGAUGUAAAACCUGCUCGAGGAGACGAGAACAAGUACUGGCUGGUGGUGCUGUCAAAUAGUAAUGUAUAUGGCCACUUUGUCCGUCAGUACGGCACCUUGAGUACUCUCUUAUUAGGUAUAGGACCGAAAGAUACAUACAUAUCAGGCUCCAAUCCCACAACAAACACAAUUCAGGGGUCAAACAUGGUCGUGUACGCCAAUGCUCUCUACUAUAACUGUUACAACACGUAUUCUGUCUGUCAGUUCAACAUGACGACUCGUGCUGUCAGUACAGUGGCUUUACCGAGUGAUACAGGUUACAAUAACAAGUUUCCAUUCGCACACCUCGGCACGACAUACAGCUAUACUGAUAUGGAUUUUACCACAGAUGAAUCAGGUGUCUAUGUCAUAUAUGCAACCACAAGCAACUUCGGAAAUGUAAUCAUCACUAAAGUCGAGACUAGUAACCCACCGGUUUUGGGCCAAACGUGGACCACUUCCCUUCACAAAAAGACUGCCACAAACACCUUCAUGGUGUGCGGUGUGCUUUAUGCGACUCGUUACCUGGAUAAAGAAACAGAACAGAUCUUUUACUCUUAUGACACCGAAACCAAAAAAGAGCGCUAUGAUUUGAAAAUAAAUAUCAAGAAGAUGAAGACUAAUAUUGAGUAUCUUAACUAUGAUCCCCGAGAUCGUUUACUGUACAUCUACAGUGAUGCCUACAUUUUAACUUACGAGCUUGUAUUUCAGUGAUUUUCUAUUGACUCAUUUGUAACAGGGGAUAUUGCCUUAUUUCUUAUUUCACAUAUGUCUGUACUAAAUAAAGUAUCCCAAAGGUACAGUAUACUAACGCUUUUAAGACUUGCAAAAACAAACAGGGGGACUGUGUUAUCAGAAAUAUUUUAUGAUAUCAUGUCCAAUUAUAAUUCCCUAUACUUUCCUUUCACCUGUGUAGUAUGUACAUUUACUGUAAAAAUUUAAAAUGCCAGAACUGCUUGUUUAGUGGAUGAAAAGCAUGUGUUUUUAUGUUCUACACAUAAAUAAACACAACACGCUUAUAUAUAUUUA